AUGGGGGCGCCAUCGCCGAGCGAUUCGACGCGCGCGAAGAAGAAGGCGACGGGGCGUGGCCACCAGCGCUUCGUCGGGGUCCGGCAGCGGCCGUCGGGGCGGUGGGUGGCGGAGAUCAAGGACUCGCUCCAAAAAGUGCGCCUCUGGCUCGGCACCUUCGACACCGCCGAGGACGCCGCACGCGCCUACGACGACGCGGCCCGCGCCCUGCGUGGGGACAACGCGCGCACGAACUUCGAGCUUCCCAACCCUUCGUCCAACGCCGGGGGCCGCGGUGGGGCCGACAGCAUCGAGCCUUUCUCGUUCGAGGAGGUCUGUGGGACCGGGAGCGAGUCCGACGGGAUUCUCGGCGCCCUCAAGGCCAAGCUGCUCGACGGGAAAGGUCUCCGAAUCAACCCAAACAACAACAAGAAUAACAACAGCAACAGCAACAGCAACAACGCGUCCAGCUCAGCUCCCGCCGCCGGCGGGAGUACUAAGAAAGACAAUGAGAAGACCUUACCGGCCAACACAAUCCCUAUGAAUAAUAAUCCUGGUCAUGUAGCCGGCCCACCAGCGGCUCACAUUGGCAGUAGUAGUAGGCCACCCAAGCCCCCGAAACCAAACCACCCGAUCGGUUUUGCUGGUUUCGCUGGUGGUUCGACCGGGAUGGAGGCUCGGGCGAAGGGGGAUGGUCGGCGUGAUCAUCAUGUUAUGGAUCAUAACAUGUUCACGACUGACAAUCAUCAUCAACCGCAACAACAACAACAACAACAUCAAAAUCAAAUACUCCACGAUCAAGAUCAUUCCCGACGUUACCGUCAAGAUACGACGAACGAAGCAAUUAAUCUCAACGACUCGAAUUACUGGAAAAAAGCCAAGGGUCCAAUGUCGUCACAGUGGCAACAGACGGCCCCUACGGGAGCAUGGCCUAGUCAACACAACCAUCACGAAUUUCCCGCCGCAGCGACGUCGUAUCACGGAGAUCACCAAAUGGCGUGGCCACCGGCGUCACAGCUGAACAACAACCACCACCAACACCUCCAACAAGUUUCAGCCGACAUGGUGGUUAACAAUUUGUUCGACGGCAGCAGUAGUAGCGGGGCGACGACCAGCUCGUCGUGGUCGCUGCAUGAUCAAUCCAGCAACUUCCGGUCGUCGUCGGCGUACUCUGGCCCCGGCAUGGAUGUAUCGACGGUUAACGGGAAUUACACGACUCACGGUAAUAAUUUGGAUAGAACGCGCGCUCUAGAGCUAGGGAUGGGAAUGGAUCAUCAUCCUCAUCAUCAUCAAGAUCAUCACCAACAUCAAAAUCCGGCUGUUUGGACGGCGCCGUCGUCGGAGCACCAGUUUAUGCACUACGAUCUCAACAACAACAAUAAUAAUAGUACUGGUUGGACGCCGCCUCCCACCGGCGCCGGCGGUUCUUCUUGGGAUCCUCUUCUCUACGUCUCCUCGGUGCUAGGCUGA